AUGCCAGUCGCUGGAGAUGAAAAUUAUGAUAACAGCCAUCGGGCAUUUUUGCAGGCUUUGAUGGCUCGAUCCACCAUGACUCUUAACGAAGCAAAGCCUAUUUUAGCAGCUAUCCUCUCUGUCAAAGACGGCCGAGAAGUACUACCGGGAGAUGUCACCCAAGCCGAUCUAUCAAAUUACAUUUCCUCAAUUAACACUGCUAUUUCACCUUUCGACUUCGAGAUUCGUAAUUCAGUGCAUCAGACGAAUCAUACUCGAGUCUAUGCUCUAGUUAACACCACCAGUGAUCCUCUCAUGCAGCUUGCGACCACCUACACGGCGGAUGAAAUCGCGUACGUGAAGCGACUUCUCGACGCCAUGUUUGAGACAAAUAACACAUUACGCGAGGAAGCUAUGGUAGUGUCCGCUAUCAAGGCUGUGCAAUUGGCAAAAGUUUCCAACAAUAAUAGUCGGCGAGAAUCUCAGAGUGCAACACAGGGAGGCAAUGCGCAGCCAUUGAGUAUGAGGGAAGCAGAAGAUAUGUUGCAGAGAUUAGUCGACGAAGGGUGGUUUGAAAAGAGCCGCAAGGGCAAUUAUUCCUUGACACCACGCGCACUGAUGGAGCUGCGAACAUGGCUCAUUGAAUCUUAUAAUGAUGAUGUGGAUGAAGACGAACAGGAUAAUGGACGAAGGCAUGACAAAAUAAAGUUUUGCUUUGCCUGCAAGGAUUUGAUAACUGUGGUAGGUUUUAUAUCAUUAUCAGGCGGCAGGCAAUAG